CUUGCCCAUUCCAUGAGACAAUAAAAAACUCUAAAAAAAUUUCUACGCUACCUGCCGAAUUAUUUCAGGAAAAACCUGUUUUAUGCAAAUUGCUCCGGUAAAAGGUGCGAGUUAUAUUCCAGAGAACAUAUCCAUACAUCCAUUCAACACAACAGUGGUUCGGAAGGCUAGGAGUUGGUGUAGAGUCGAGGCAAACUUAAGCUCAAAAUCUUAAUGGCGAUGGCAGCAAACGAAGCCUCUGUAUGCUUGAGACUAGCAAUCAAAGAGGAUUCCCCUUUCAUCCUAAAACUAAUCCAGCAAAUGGCCGAGUUCGAACGACUGACUCAUAUGUGUGAAGCAACACAAUCGGGCCUCGAAUCCACCCUCUUCAAUGCACCUCCAUUCGAAGGCACCACUGUCUUUAUCCUAGAAAUAAACCCAACAAGUCCCCAAAACCCUACAAACCCUAACCUCGGCUCUGAAAACCCUAAUGCUAUUUUUCAUAACAUUGUUCAAAAUCUGAACUUGGACCCUCCCGUGAAUGACCCAGAUGCGCAGUAUUUCGUUUCAGAGAGCGGUGCGACCGUUGUGGGAUUUGUUCUUUUUUUCAGAAAUUAUUCAUCUUUUUUGGCGAAGCCGGGGUUUUAUAUAGAAGACAUUUUUGUGAGGGAGCCCUACAGGAGGAGAGGUUUGGGCACCAUUUUGCUCAAGGCGGUGGCCAGCCAGGCGGCGAAGUUAGGGUUUGGUAGGGUGGAGUGGUGCGUGCUUGACUGGAAUGUGAAUGCCAUCAAGUUUUACGAGGAAAUGGGGGCGCAGCUGCUGCAGGAAUGGAGGAUUUGCAGGCUUACUGGUAAAGCAUUGGAGGCCUUCGGGAAUUGAACUCGAUCCCUCGAGUUGUUAAUUUUCCAUUCUAGGGCAUGCGGUUUAAGCCCAACUUUUUUUAUGGGUACUGGUCCCGCGAUAUGAGAACAAGUAAACUUCAAUUGCCUGGCAUCUUUUGUUUCAGUUUCUUAUGUAAAAAAUUGUUUACUAUGUACGAGUGAUGUUAAAAGAGGCCUUAAAUAGCUCUUAUAUUUGGUUUAUUGCAGA